GUCCCUUGAGCCGCCAUGUUUGUUGUCAUGCGAGACUGGCUUUGUUUACUACCCAAAGUUUGUUCCUCUCACACCCUUAUUUUAGACACACCUGAGCCAUAUUUAAGCGCUUCGGGUGAGGAAAAUGAGUGUAUGAAUUGAAAGGAUCAGAGAAGGAGGCGGUAGAGAAUGUAAACCGCCCCCAUGUUGAAAUAUUGAACCGAUUUGUGUCAAUAAUCGUGAGUUAGUCUUCUGGUGGCUCAAUAAUAAUAAUUCCAGGAAAAUUAUUGAACUUUACACUUCCUUAUUAUCAAUGAAACUUAAAAUAAAUUAAUACUUUUUGCUAAUAUUAACUUGAGAAUAGUGAUUGAGAGAGAUGUAACAGUGAGUAGUUAAAGACCCCGAGUGAUGUGUAAUGUAAUAUUUCCGACUGCUUUAUUAAGAAAGUAAUAAAGAUAAUUAAGUUCUAUGUAAGGGAAAUAUUAAGUGUGAUAUUUGGCCUGGAGAAUAUAUUUUUAUUCCCUGAUGGUUGGUUGAGGUGUGAGGCUGAGUGAGUCACUUUCUCUACCAGUCUGGAUCUGUACCUCUCAGACAAGAUGGAUGCCAGUAAAACACUGGGCAUGACGUCAGCAAUCAGCCUGGCUAAGCCCAAAACCUCAGACCUAGAGCACAGUAAGGAACUAGAAGAAUAUCUUCGAGAUGCUGGGAUGUUUGAAAGUGAUGCUGAGUUAAAUCACAGAUUUGAGGUUCUGGGCAAGUUGAACACUUUUGUAACUCAGUGGAUUAGAGAUGUGAGCAUAAACGUAAAGAACAUGCCUCCCCAGAUUGCAGAUACUGUUGGUGGUAAAAUUUGUACAUUUGGUUCUUACCGACUGGGAGUGGCUGGCAGAGGAGCUGAUAUUGACGCCUUGUGUGUGGCUCCAAGACACAUUGAUCGCUCAGACUACUUCACCAGUUUUUAUGAACUUUUAAAGGAUCAACCUGAAGUAACAGAAUUGAGAGCCGUAGAAGAAGCUUUUGUGCCUGUUAUCAAAAUGAAAUAUGAAGGUAUUGAGAUUGAUUUGCUGUUUGCUCGAUUAGCACUAAAGGAGGUACAUGACUCAGUUGACCUUAAAGAUGACACCAUUCUCAAAAACCUGGAUGAGAAGUGUGUUAGAAGUCUAAAUGGUUGCCGGGUGACAGAUGAAAUACUUCGUCAAGUACCAAAUAGAGAGAGUUUUCGGUUAGCAUUACGGGCAAUCAAGUUAUGGGCAAAACGUCAUGGUGUAUACAGUAAUGUUCUUGGCUACCUUGGUGGAGUGUCAUGGGCUAUGCUUGUUGCACGCACUUGUCAGCUCUAUCCCAAUGCCACUGCCUCAACGCUUGUUGAAAAGUUCUUCCUUGUGUUCUCAAAGUGGACGUGGCCAGCACCAGUAUACCUCAAACAACCGUACGAUGCCAAGCUUGGUUUUAAGGUUUGGGAUCCUCGAGUGAAUGUUCAAGACAGAUUUCAUUUGAUGCCAAUCAUUACACCUGCAUACCCUCAGCAGAACUCUACCUUCAACACUUCUCAGUCAACUAGGGCAGUCAUGGUCGAGGAGUUUAAGAUGGGGCUUCAGAUAACAGAAGACAUAAUGCUUGGGAAGGCUACAUGGGACAGACUCUUCCAGCCACCAAAUUUCUUUACUAAAUACAAACACUACCUAGUGGUGAUUGCAGUUGCCCGAUCACCAGAAGACCACCUAGAAUGGUAUGGCCUUGUUGAGUCAAAAAUUAGACAUCUAAUAUCGACCCUGGAACACAACGCUGCCAUAAAAACAGUUCACAUUAAUCCUGCAACUUUUAAUUGUCGGGAUAGCGAUUACGUGGACAAGCCGCACUCUUCUUGGUUCUUAGGGGUGGACUUUAACAGAUCAGAAAAUGUAAACAUAGAUCUCACCAAUGACAUCAAUAAAUUUGUUGAAGUAGUGUACAAACAGAGUACCUAUAACAAGGCUUACAAGGAGGGUAUGGAGGUCAAUUGCAAAUAUGUCAAACGAAAACAGCUGACAAACUACCUGGCGCAAGAUAUCCUAGAUAAAUAUAAAUCCAAGGGAGAAGAAGGGCAGCCCAAAGUAAUUGGACAGAAGCGAAAAUCUGACCCAGUACCUCCAGAUUCUCCCAGUAGAAACAGUCCUCUGUCUAACAAGAAGCCCAAAAUAGAUUCAGAAGCUGUAUCUCAGGCUACCCUAAACGGUGAUGACUCCAACAUCUCCCUGGAUGAGGCCUUCUCCAAUACAUCAAUACCUGCCCUUGCACCUGAAAUUAAUACCACACAGCAAUCUUUACCAUUAUCUAGCUGAGGGUAGCAGAAAGUGGCAUUACCUAGGUUAUCAAGCGUUGAACUUCCUGAUGUCCUCACACCUGAGCCACCCCAGUUGGCUGCCGGGCCACACGAUCUUGUUGUUCACCUCAAAGAAGCAGAUCGUGGUAAGGCAGAGAUAGACUGAUGUGGACAAGUUGCAGCACCACAACACUUUGGUACCUAACAGAGAUUUUGGCUGGUACUUGUCCUCCCUUUCACUGUCAUUAGAAAAAAAUUAUACAAAGUAAAUGAAAAAAGUAACACAAAUUUUGAACAUAAAUUUAAAGUUCUUUUAAGACAUAUCGCUUGUGUAAGAGUUGAGUUACUUUACUUUAUGUGUACAGUAUAGUGAGUGCCAUACUGUAAGUGGAUCACUGGAGUGCCUUCUUUAUCAUUUGAUUGGUAUUCAAAUCAUAGCAUUUCAGUGACAAUAAUGGUGAAAGACACAGAGAUCUCUGUCUUAUUUAUAAAAGUGCUAAAGUUUAGUUGAAAUUAUGUUUUUAAGUUAUGAAAUUAUUUUGAUCUUUCAAAUGGAAGUGAUCUAUUGUCAGUGAAAAUUUUUUUUUUAAUUAUUAAAAAUCUAUAUAGAAUGAAAGUAGAGAUUAUAUGGCCAACAAAGAUAGUACUGUACUCACUGUACACAAAGAACUUAAUUAAUUGGUCCAAUUAUACAAGAAUAUGUUGAGGCCAUUUGUAUCAGUAGAAGCAAAAAGAAAACUUACAGAUGGACUUAAAAUAUAAAAUAGAAAAUAUUGAAGGAUAAUAUAAUUUACAACAAAAGAAUAUGGCAGUGAUGACUAGACUGUUGCACUUUAGUAACUUAGCAGAGGAGGUUGUGAAAAUGUCAGCAGUUUCACUCAAGUGGACUUUCUUUCACAAGUAAUGAAAGUUGAGUCAAAGCAAGUCAGUGGCAGUUUGUAGGCACGGUACAGUACCCAGCCCGUAGUCUCACUCAACUGAAGGUGUUGUUGGUGGUGGUGUUUACUUAUAAGAGUUGAGGGUUAAGAUAUACAAAGGUGUAUAGAAUAACUUUUCCAUGUGAAAUGUGGGACUCAAGAGUCUUGUUUUACUCAACUGGAAUUAUCUCCAGUUUGAUGUUAAUGUAACCAUUGUGAAAGUCAUAUCCUCAUUUGUUUUCACUUGAGUUGUUGGAAUUUAAGUUAAACUUCCUGAAAUGCUUAAGUGCUCUCCUAGAGUGACUUAGCACUUGUGGGGCAUUUAGGAGUUAGCAACAAGAGCCAAGAAGCCUAUCGUGGUAGUAUUAUUCAUUCCGCUAAUAUUAGUACGUAAAGCUUUUAUCAUUCAUCAAAUGAUGAGGCACGUUAAAGUACAAUUUCUCUUGUUAUGUGAAACUAAAUAUUAUUAACCCAAGGUUCUAGGGUUUUAUCAGUAAUUCACAGGUACAGGCAAGUUUUUUGUUUUAUUUUUCAUCUGUGAUUCCACCCAUAAAUCUAAAUCUAUAUAUAUAUAUAUACUACAUGUAUACAGUAAAACACAAUCUGCUUCAUUUGAUCUUUUAUUUUUGGUUAAGAGUCUGUAAUGAGACAUGAAAGAGAAUCAUGCUGGACAAAUUUGAUGAUAUUUUAUGAAGGUGGAUUCCAGAUGUACAUAGAAUUUCAAAAUACAUAAAAAGAAUCACUGUCCUUUCUUGAGACAGAACAUAAAGGAGGUGAGGUGUGUUGUGGUGUUGGCUGGUUGGGAACUACACAACAAUACAGUAGUCUGAUGCAUCUUACUUAAGCUCAUAGUGUCCAGUGGUGCCAAUGUUGUAUUAUGAUAAUUUCAUGAAUUUAUUAUUGAAAAUGUUGCUGAAAAAAAAAACUUCCUUAUUUUGCAGUGAUAAAAACUUUGAUUGAAAAAAUGGGAAUUCCAUCUUGAUGCUAGAGGAGAUGCAAGUGUUCAGAGUGUAGCUAUUUGUUUUAUCAUAAUGCAGCCAUUCUGGUUAUUCAUUGCAUUACUAAUCACACUUUUGUUUCUUUCAUAAAUCAAAUUUAUGAUAGACGAUGUUUUGUUUGUGGUUGUUACGUCUAAAUCUGUGAAUUUUCAUAUCAAAAUUUAAUGUUUUAAAUACCAUGAGUUUAAAGGAUUGUUUCAGAUGUCUGAGGCAUUUGGCAGAAUAUUUUGUAACUUGGUUUAAGAUGUAAGACAUUUAUUAGUGGUAUCACGCCUUAUGUAUCCCUAUCAAACUUCAUGAGUGGCUGAGAGAGGGUGUGUUUGUUCAGUAAUGGUGAAAUUGGAUUAUUAUUACUGUAUUAGUUUACAUCUCCCAGACGCUGCAUGUGGUGGCUGACACUUUCUUAGUGGCCCAUGAAGGUGGUCAGCAUUCGUUACUUUCUCUUGUUUAUAUUCGAAUAACAAGUGCGACUGUGCCAACACACCCUAGUUAUUGUAUGCUGUGCAGGUAGUAGUUUAGUGUUAGGUGCACCAUCGUAUUUAUGCUACACAAAAUUAUAAUUGUUAAAACAUCAGCAAGUUUAAGCCCUUACAUCCUGUGUCAUAUGAAAUGUAAUUUCUUUUUCAUGUAAAUUUUGCUUCAAACCAUAGUGAAAAUUUUAAUGAUACAUACAAUUCUGCCUUUUUUUUUUUUUUUUUUUUUUAGGUAUUAGAAGUUUAAUAUAAAGAGGAAAUACAGUUCAGGUAAUUAUAAUCCAAAUACCAAUAUUGAAAAAUAAUAAAUAAAUAAAUAAAAUAUAGGCACUGUACUGUACUGUAUGUUUCAAAUUAAAAAAACAAAAAUAUGAAGUUAGGACUUAACAUUUAAAAGUGAAUUUUCUGUUCCUAUCUGUAGCAGCUUUAAUAUACUGUACUGUAUAAUACCAUAUAACCUAUAGCCCUACUUCACUGUACUGUACUGUGCACAAGAGCAUAAUGGUAUAUUCUUGUUGUACACAGUAACACACGCACACACAGUAUAUGAAAAUAAACUUCAGUUCGUUUCACACACUAUGAAUAAUUGGUUGUAAAUUCGAAACAGUUCAAGUGUGUGUCAGUUGAAAUGAAGUUUGAACAAGAAUUGAUCACUUCUACUGCUAUAGGAAACUAACAUGAUUGUCACCUGUCACAGUAUAUCCUCCCUUCCAAAACUGGACACAGUACAGUUUACAGUAUAGAUUUCUUACUCAGGUGAUAAGAGGUCAUUGUACUGUGUUGUGAUGUCAGAGUUGCCUAGUUGGAGUGGUACAAUGCCUGGUGUUUAAAGUCAUAUUGUGAAGGGCUUAUUCCAAAAUUCCUCAGCUGAUUCUUAAUAAUUAUAGAUUUUGUCCAUAUUUCUAACUCUGCUUGCUUGUUUGAAUGUGUAAGUUUGGGUGUAGUUCUCAUAUUUAUUGCUCUUCAACUAUAGUGACAUGGACCAAACUUUAAGAUAAAAAGUUUGUUUAAUUUUUCUUAGAAGUAUAGUAGGGGAUAGUGGUGAGGAGAAACCUACACCCAAGUCAUAUGAUCAGGUCAUCACACAUUUAAGUUGUUGAAUAUCAUGUAGCUAUUUGGUAGAUUGUAAAUAUGUACAGUACAGUAUACCAAAAUGAACUCUCACUUGUUGAGAUGUAAAGAAGGAGGCUGCCUUCUUUUUUAGGGUGAAAGAUAAUAAGGGCCAGUGGGUUGGGAGUCAUAUAUGUAUUGUACUGUGCUGGCCAGUGCACAUUUUUAGAAUAAAGACAUCUUAAAAAAAGAGUACUUGUUCCUUUACUUACAAUGGAUAAUUUUUACAUAACGAUAAUGUUUGUGAUGAUGUGUUCAUUAACUGACUUGAGUGUACAGUACUGUAUAUCUUAAAGGGUUACAAAUAGGGUUAAAAAAAGGUUUGAUGAAUUUUUUUUUUUUUUUUUUGCAGUGAACACCAAGUGUUUUUCAGGUUGUUUAAAGAAUCAUUUUUAAUGUUACAUCUUUUAAAUUAAAGCAUAAUACAGGGUGUAAGAUAGCUAUAUACUUCCCAUGAUUUGGAUAGAAACCGUUUACUCUGGCCAUUGUCUUCUUUCAAAAUGAUUUGGAUUAUUUGUAGCAGUGAACAACCUAUUGUAAGCAAAUGAUGUUCCCUCCAAGCUCUCUGCAUGUACUCAACGAUGUAGACUCAAUACCUCACUUAUGUAUGUUGACACAAUACUGUAGUUGUGUACAUUGUACUGUAGUUUUGUACAUUGUACUCUAGUUCUAACAUACUCUGUGCUGCUUGUGUCAAAAUGUUACAGAAGUAUUAACAUGUCUCACCUCUACUGUGUUUUGAAAUGAUAUCGUAUGGUGAGGGGCCUCUUAGGUGUCAUGCUAACAGUCAUUGCUUAAUAAAACACAUUUGUAUCCGACUUUUCUGGGCUUCUGUAGGGGAAUGAAACCUCAAAAUUUAAUGUAUAUUUUGUAUUUUCUUGUUCUUUCAUUAACUUGUACUGUAGUUAUUUCAUAUUUAUGAUGAAAAAAAUAUUUUUUUUUUAAUUAGAAAACUAAUGUUAACAGAGUAACGAAGUUGACAGCCCCCCUAGACCAGACAUACAAAAUAUAAAAAAAAAUGUAUCGAUACAUAUGUAUGAAUAGAUGAUUGUAUGUGUGUGUGUAUGUACUGUAUAUUCUAUGUAUGUUUCCCACUUUUUUUUUUCCAUUUUGUGCAAUCAACCAUUCAGGCAUCAACUGUCAUAUAGUCCUCAGAGUCUGAUGAAGCUCAGUUAUAAUUAUUGUAAUAUUAAUGUACCAGCUGCAGAGCCUCUCGUGGGUGUAUUUAUAUAUUUAUGUAUUGUGACAGGGACCCAACACUCUUGUUAAGAAGUAUUAUAGUGUGUACUCUGUGAACUAUUUUAUACUCAAAAUGAUAAAAGCCUCACUGGCAGAUAAGUUUAUUUUCAGGAAUUAUGAAAAAAAGAAAAAAUACUUGAAAAAAUUACAAGAAAAUGAAACUGUAAAAUAAAAAUGAUAAAAGAAGAUAAAAUGCUAAA